GGCACUAUUCAAGCGUCUUGCCACUUUCGAUAUAGUUGCUCAGUCGUGAAGUAUCUACCAGCCGAACACACCCAAUUAAUUUACAACUCUUUCUAUACUCUGAGUCAAAUUCUGUUUGAAGUCUUGUGUUACAUUUUCGUCAUAAUAUAAUUUGACCCUCGAAUCAAAGAUGUAUUUCUGGAAAAGCUUAUGUCUUUUAGCUCUAAUUAUUGCAUCUGUUCAAUCAACGCAAGUAAAAAAAUGUCCAAAGAGUUCAGCAAGGCUAUUGGAACCAACCGAAGUUACCAUAUCAAAUUGUCCAAAGAAUAAGUGCAUCUUGAAAAGAAACACUAAAGUGGACAUUGAAAUGAAGGUGGUCCCCACCAGAGAUUUUAAUGAACUAAACAACGACAUUUCAGGAAUUCUCCAAAAUGUGCCACUUCCUUUCCCUGGCAUCUAUGGUACAAGUGCUUGCCCUAAUAUUUACGAUGCAGAAGGUAAAAAAGCUGUCGGUUGCCCGCUCAAAGCUGGCGAAACAUACACCUACAAAAACAGCUUCGAUAUUUUACCAAUUUAUCCCACUGUAACAUUGGAGAUUCAUUGUGGAUUGGGAGACACCAAGGGUGAUGCCGCAUGUUUCCAGAUUCCAGCUAGAAUUAAGUAAACAAACAAACCUACUCACAAAAAGAUUGUGUUUCUAUUGUAAGUUUAAGUAUACAAAGUACGUAGAUAUUGUGAUAAUAAUUUUUGUCAGUUAAAUUUGAAAAAAAAAGUUACCUCCUUCUUAUUUUGGGAUCACGUUAUUUAUACUAUAAAUAUUUUUAAGAAUCUAUACAACAAACAAUUCCACUUGUCCAAAAUGAGUCGUGGAUUGUUUAGAAAUUGAAUUAUUAUGCAAAUAAUCUUAAUCGGUUAUGAAGACCAUGUUCUUGAGUUAUAUAAUUUUAAAAAAAAAAGUAUUAUGUAUUUCUUUUUCAUGUGAUCAAUUCGAGGAUUAUUUUGAAUUGUUUCAAAAAUUAAUUGGUGAUCGGAAAUUUACAAGAUACUCGUAUAUUUUAUUUUAAAUACGGUUGAAUAAGCAAAUUAUUUCGUGUUAAGUUUUAGCAAUGCAUUCAAUCACCUUGUCAACUCAACUAUCAACUUCCUAUAAUAGAAUUCAACUUUUUGUUGAACAAAAUAACAAAAAAAAAAAACAGAAUAAUAUAAUUAAAUGCACGACUUGAUCACACGAACUUGAUCAAGUUAGUUAUAAUUGUUGUUAUAAUAAUAUUUAUGUACCUAUUAAACAAAUAAAUACUGUUUUUAAUGGUUAAUGAAAGAUUUAGAGGAAAAAAAAAGUUUUAAUAAAACCGCAUGACAAAUGUGUCCAAUAA